AUUUUUCUAUUUCCCUUUUCCUUUCUUCCCUUUAUAGUUUUUUGCCGUCCAUGUUUGAAUGUAGGGUUUAUUUUUGUCUGAUGGUUAAUUGGGUAUCCUAUUGAUUGAUUGAUUGCUUGCUUUACAUUCGAAUUUGAGUUGCAGAAUCACUGAUAUUAGUGUGUGAAAGUUUGAAAAUGGAGAAGGGGGGGAAAGGGUUUUCACUGCCCACUAAAGGUCUCAAGUCUUCUCUCAAGUCUACUGCUAAGGGCACAUUGAAAGGGAAGGAUGACAAUCCUGCAAAGCUUGGAAGGAAAGUUCAGUUCAAUUCUGAAGGUAAGCGGGAUAAAGGAGACAAGGUUUCAAACGAUGGGAAGGCAAAAGAAUCACCACUUGAACUGAAAAUUGAGCAGGAACUUCCAAAAAAUGCCAAAUGCAUGAUGGAUUGUGAGGCUGCACAAAUUUUACAAGGAAUCCAGGAACAGAUGGUUCUACUGUCCCGAGAUCCCACAAUCAAACUUCCUGUGUCAUUUGACAGGGGCCUGCAAUAUGCGAAAACUGGUGCUCGUUAUACAAGUCCUCAAUCUGUUAGGCGUGUUCUUGAGAGCCUCAAAGACCACUGUGUCUCUGAUGGGGAGAUAUGUUUGAUUGCUAAUGUGUGUCCUGAAAAUGUUGAUGAAGUUUUUGCACUUGUCCGAUCCUUGAAGUCGAAGAAAAACAUGCUUAAAGAACCCCUAGAAGAUGUUUUAAGUGAGCUAGUUAAGUUGAAACAGCAGGCAUGAGUCCCAUCUAUGACACAUACUUGGUAAGUUAUUUCAUUUUGCUGCUCAAGCUGGGAUAGGAUGGAGUUACUGCCUUCAGACUUUCAUUAUAGCAGUACAUAUUUCUUUGGUGCCAUUGAAUGAACCUUGGAUUCCUUUGUUGGUGGGGAGAUGCAUAUCGGUGCUUUGUGCAUGGAUGGAGCUUGAGCCAAUCAUUUGUUCACUGUUUUAAAGGUGGCUGGCAUUUUGUAUAAUCCCUGGACCUUCAAACCUUAUGUUCAAUAGUUAUAAUAUUGUACUCGCUUAGCUAUUGAAUGGAAAGAAAGCCUUUCUCUAUUUACUCAAGUAUUUAAAAUGGUAGUAAUCAUUGAUAACU